AUGAACAAUUUUGUAGAAGGUGCUCCUUCCAAGUUCGUUAAUAAAAAUGAUAUUAGCACUCAUAUUUCGCCAAAUUUAACGCUACUUCGUAAGUCCAAGACACUUAUGUCGAAUGAGGAUACAUCAGCUUUUGUGGAAAAGUGGCAAAACAAAAAUGCUACCAAUAGACAAGAUAAGGGAGCAAGACGCCUUGCCUUGUUUAUCGAACAUUUUAAAAGACGUGCAAAAUCUGCAGACCCAUCAAAUAAAGCAGUCUUUUAUAAUGGUAUUCAAUCAAGAAACAAUUUAGUCCCAAAUACAAAUAUACUAAACAGUAAUCAACUAUAUACUGAAAAUUUAUCUCACUUUAACACAAAUAUGUACAGAAUAAACCAGAAAACCAAUAGUCAAAAUUAUCUAGUUCAAGUAACAUCAACUACUGUCCCCACAAAUAAUUCUUAUUUAUCCUCAGGGAUGUCUAACUCGGCUUAUGAAACAACUAAUCUGAUAAAUUCACAAUAUAUAGGGUCACAAAUUUAUAAUAGACCUAGACCAGCAUCAUUUCAUCCUUCAAGUCAAUUAGUAACUCGUCAUAAUCCAUACUUUUGCCAUAAUAAUUCAACGUCAUAUUCUAAUGAAGAGAAUUGUAAUCAAAUUUCGCCAUAUACAUACGGUCAAACUGAUAAUUCAUUUUACGUGGAGCCUAGUCAACAAAAUAAGAUUAAUAAUGUAAUAACGUAUGAUUCUAUUUAUGACUAUCCACCUAAUCUGUCGCCUUAUCCUUGUCCUACAUUCAUACCAUAUGAAGAUAUUACACCGACUAAUGAAAAUGUGAAUUCUUUCCUAUCGAGUACGCAAUCAAGAGUUCGUCCAACUUCAGUAGACUUUUAUCGUCUACGUAAAAUGCAUAAAGGUAUGAAACAACUUUUUUCAUUCAAUGGAAGGAAAGAAAAUAUUAAUGAACAAUCUUUUUGUAAUACUAAGCAGCUUGAAGAAAAUCAAGCAAAACGUUCUUCAUUUACCGAAAAUAAACAAUUAGCAUCGCCUGUUACCAGUAUUAAUAAUAAAACAGAUCAUACAUCACUAAAUGAUUCAUCAAACAGAAACUUCAAGAGAACAAUACUAAGGUCUUUUAGUUGUAAUCCUAGAUCUAGUUGUGAUCAUAGACGAAAAGUUAAACCACAGACAAUAAAGUCACAGAAUGUUACUGGAAAUACUGCAGAUAACUACGGCAAAUGGAUAGAAUUAAAUAAAAACUUAAAUUUGAGUAAAAACGAUGCAAAAAGUCGGUUACACGUUGUCAGCUAUUCUGAGACUGAACCUGUUAAUUACAUCACAAUAUCUGGCGUACAAGACAGAAAACCACUUCAAAUAAAUUCAAAGUUUAGUAUGGUAAAAUCAUCAUCUAUUUGUCAAGUUUCAACUUGUCAUAAUAUACCGAAGUUAUCUACUCAAGUUAUACAAAGUGAGAACACGAAAUUAAUGGAGUUAAGAAAUUGUAAAUGUAUUAACAAUAUUACAAGAACUACACGGGUAUCUAUCAAUAAUGCUAGCGAUACCAUGACAACAAUUACUACUUCUCCUAUUCUAACAAAUAUCAAUACAUUGUCUACUACUACUUCAAGCUUCAUCUCACCAUUACCAACAACAACGGCAACAACAUAUGUAGAAUGCAUGCUAAAUGACAUUAAGCAUAAUCUCAGGUAUACUAACAAUGAUUUAUUACAAUCAUCAUCCUCCUUCAAUACACCAGUAAAUCAUAACAAAAAAGUACAUUAUUCCAAUAAAAUCCAUGAAAAUCAAACCAACACUUAUACUUUGCUAUCAAAGUAUAAGUCUAAUCAAACUUUUGAUGAUAUUAAAUGGAACAAUAGUCAAAACAAUAACUGCAAUCCAAGCAACCAUCAUAACAUCGGUAAUGAUAUUCAAACAAAACAUAAGAUUUUCUUGUCAGACUAUUUAUCAAGUACCGAGACUUCAUCUUUUGAUAAACAUGCAACAGCUAAUAAUAGCACAAGGUUUAGUUUUUGCAGUAUACUACCACUAAACUUUGAUAAUUCUAGAAAAUCAAAUAACUUCAUGUCGUCGUCUUUAUUUGAACCGAAAGUUAAUGGUACUGGUGAUUGCUCCAUGUUGAGUAGAAGUGAUACUUGCUCAAAUCUUAAAGAAUUUCCAAAGAGACCAUCAAUAGAAAUGGGUCAUAUAGAAGAGCAUAAUAAACGUACAUCUAUGUCAAAAAAAUAUUUAAACAAUUCUACAUUCAACCAUAAUUUAACAAGAACAAAAUUACUAAGUAAUUUACAGGAAUUUCAUUGUUCACGAUUAUCUCAACUGUAUAAUAGUGUAGGAUCUGAAAAUUUGAAAAAUGAUAGAUUCUUGAAGAAAGAUGACAGUUCACGCGAUCCUUUCCCAAAUCUCCGUAAUUUUUGUCAGAAACAAACUACUUCAAAUCAUCCAAUUAGUGAGUCUACAGUAUCUUCAGCUGCAGUGCUUCGUCCUCCACAUCCACCUCAAAGAACUACUUCCUUAGCCAGAGAUCAUCAGCCUUCCAGGACAAAUGAAAUUAAUAGUACAGAUACAUCAUGUUCUUCGCGUAGUAGUCCAUCUCGUAAUGUAAACAGCUCUACACAAGAUGCAGACAGUCAAGUAUGCUCCACUACAAUUUGUGGAUUAUCUAAUCCAAAUAGAUUUUCUCAUUGUAAACCAUUAGAUAAUAAUAUGAAUAAUCAUUUACCUGAUAAACUAAUUGAUAAAGAAGUUAGUGAUCUAAAUUCUUCACAGAAUGACACAGUAUGGUGGUCACAUUUAUUGCCUUAUAAACCAUCAAAUUUACCUAGUAAUUUAGCUGAUCGUUUAAGGCAAAGAAAUAGUUUAUUACUGUCGAGAAGUUCACCAACAACUCGAUUAUCUAAUAGUUCACUACCAAAUUCUUUUCCAUUUAACAAUAAUAGUAAAUCAAGUAAUAAUAGUAAUCUUCAAAAUAUAAUGAUACAAUCAAUGUAUGAACAUAGUGAUUCCGGUGAUUAUACUGGGUUGCGAUCCGAUGUAACAUCUUUGUAUUGUGUACAAAAUAAGCAUGUUGAUGAUAUACGAUUAAGACAAUCAAGACCUAUAAGUAUGCAUACAGAUUAUUCACAAUAUAAUAAUAAUAAUAAUAAUUCUUUCUUUCUACCGUCGUUGACACAUUUCAAUACAACAAUUAAUUCAAAUGCUGUAACUCAUUCAUCACCGUUAGCCUCAUCUUCGUCUUCAAUAUCAUCGUUACAGCAACAACAACAACAACAACAAACACCAAAACGACCAUCUAGUCUUUCGUUAGCUUCAUCUUUUACAAAUGUUAUUCCUAAAUUAGAUAACUUGAUCAAAACAAAUAAAUUACGUGAAACAUUGAAUUCAUCAAAGUCAAUGUCAUCAUCAUUAUCUUCAUCUACUUCUGCUACUAUUACUACGAAUAAUUCACAAUUACUAUUUCAAAAUAAUAUAUGUAAUAUUAUUCCAGAUUAUUUAUUAAAAUCAUGUCCACCUAG